UGAAAAUCUUCCAUAAUCGCCGUUGUCAUGGAUGGAUACACACCGCGAGAGGUUGGCGAGUGGAUAGCCAGCCAUGGCUUCCCGCAGUAUAAGGCGUGCUUUGAAGACAACUUCAUUGAUGGCGUGAAGCUUCGCAGUGUGGACGCGUCGGUACUGCCUACAAUUGGCAUUCGCGACUUCCAGCAUGUGCGGGCAAUUGCGGGGCUGAUUCGCCAGGCAUAUGGGCUGCCCAAACCCAAUGCAAAGCAGAGCAUCGCAGAUGCACCUUUCACCACUCACUAGCUCCCUCGCGCAUCAGCUGCCCGUGUUACUUUCCCACCAAACCAUGCUGGCCCUGCGCAAGGCGCCACAUUCACCACAGUCGCGUCAUUCCACAAGUCCACAUGACCUGUGUCGUCAUCAUCGCAUAAACGAACCCCAGUGUCACCAAACCACA